AUGUGGACGAGUCUUUUCCCCACUGCUACCGCUGGCCCCAACGCGUUCGGCAUGUUUGGACAGAACCCCAGGGAUCAAUUCAACAUGUACGCUGAUCUCCGUCAAAGUAUGGCUGGGCCAUCGACAUUACCAUCGUCGCCCUCACCAUCAAGACUUUCCACUCCCUCCACUCGACGCAGCAGCGUCGCUACCACCGAUUCCUACGAUUCUGACUCCGAUCACGACGCAGACAGCAUGGAUGGUGCCACGAUUGUGGGAAGUGUGGACGAGGACGCGAAGGAGGAUGAUAAAACGCCGCAGAAGCAACCUCAGGGUUCCAGCUUCCUGUCUGACUUCGACCUGGCGGACUGCUGGAGGAGAUUGUUUGGCGGUAUAAGCCUGUAA